UAGCUGGAUGGAUGGAUGGAUGGAUGGAUGGAUGGAUGGAUAGAUGGAUAGAUAGAUAGACUUUAAUCAUCCCAAAGGAAAUUAUUGGGUCUGCUGAUCCAUCACAGGAUAAAACGACAAAAGCUAAGAAAGCUAAAACAAUUUUUAAACCCUUCAAUGAAAAACAAUAGAUGGCAGCGUUAGAAGAUUGUUGUACUUCUUAGCACAAAUGAAGAAACCUCUAGUUUAUUAGUGUUGGAUGAUAUGACCCAUUUUCUGCUGUUUUGCCAAAAAAUAGACAUACUUGCGUUUUCAAAACAGUUUUAUUCAGAAUGGGGCUUCGUGAAGCUUAAAACACUGGUUUGGUUUCACACUGCACUCUCGAGAGUGGACUAAAUGUUGUUGAGUUAUGGCUAUUCAUCAAUGGUGGAUUUUCUGGCUAUAAUAAAUACUACUGCUGGGUGGAUCGAUCCAAAAUAUUGAUAGUAUUGAUCUCGAGUUGGUAUUGGAUCAAUACCAGUCCACAGAUAUCAAUAUUUCCACUCUUGUUUGACACUUUUUCUGUAUCAACAAAAGGGACCCAGCUGAGGCGCUGCCUCACCACUCUCGCCAGUCCUGUGAGAUCUCAUCAGCAGAGAAAGAGCAUGCAUUGAAGUUACUUUUCAUCUGUUUUUUGUUCUAUUUACAGGCUAAGAAGUGACAAAUUAUUUAUAUUUCUACCAAUUUGAUCUUAAACUGUUCAGUUCCUCCAGGUCUUUAAGAAAACCAUUUUAUAGUACAACAACUCUUUCUUCUGGAUGCAUGACACAACUGGGAUGUGUGAUUUCAUGUGAGUUCAUCAUUGGGAUACUGAUGUAAUGCCAUGAGAUGUCAGCAUUCACACUUCCAAUAAAGAACUAAGUUUGUUCCAGUGGUGUGUUCCCCCAUAUUAUGUAUUUGUUAUGCACAAUGGGGAAAAAAAAAUCAAUGAAAUUGGUGGAAAAAUAUGUUAAAUUGUUGUUAAAGAAGAGAGGCACCAUAGAAACACUUAUUGAAGCAGGGAAUAUCACAAAAUAGGUAAAAAUUACACAAAAUCGACAAUGUACAUCUUUCAGUAUAUCCCUUCAGUGAGUAAAUCCGCUUUCACCUGUCCAAGUUAGGCAGUAGUUUGAAGGGUCUUACCUAAGGCCCCAACUGGAUAAGGCUCAUCUCCCCUAGGAAACUAACCAUGGUUUACCAUGUGCCAACUAAGUCAACCAGUCGCCACGCACAAAAUCAAGCAUAAACAUAGUUAUGUCUUCAACUGAGACACAACCUGUUGGGUGGAGCUUCUUUUAUAGUAUUGAGGAGGAAAAUUGAACCCUUUACCACCUGAGCUUUUGACUAUCGCAACUUUACACAAAUGUUCCAGUGCAUUCUGAAGUGAAGAAAAGCAGUUUUGCGCUAAUAUCAACACUUUGCAGUAGUGAAGGAAGUGUUUACAUAAUCAAAGUACACUGUAAAAAGUGAAACAUUAUAGCAUUUUACUAAAGUUCUGUAAUUUGAUACAUCCAAACGUAUUGGUUUUCAUUAAAUUAAACUUUGGAGUUGAUAGUUUUGUUAGGGAUCCAUCAGCCAAUGCCACCUCCGAUCACCAGAGGGAGCUAUCACCAGAGUAUUGACUGUUUCCAAUGCCUUCUCACUACAUCUCCCAGCAUGCACCACCUCCUUUUGCAAGUCUUCAACAGCUGUCUCCAAUCAUUCAUCCAGCAUUUAUUCUGCUCUCCAACCUGUGUUCAGUGCAAAGUCUUGUUAAGCCUUCCUGACAGGCCGAGCGUUCUUCUUAGCUUGUUUCUCUGUGUUUUGACACCUAUUUGUCCUCACUGCUCCCUGCCUCGCUCCUUGUUUUUUGACUUUUUGACUUUGAUGUCUCCGUUCUGCCUUGUCUGUUUAUUAAAUACCAUUUGCACAUGGAUUGUCAUCACAGGUUGACUCAUCUUAAAAUUUGAAUUCGACAAAAACUAAUAUUUUUAAAUGUAACAAAUUGAAGAACUUUUGUUAAUUGAUAGAAUAUUUUACUUUUUACAGCUAAUUUUUACUUUUUACUUCUUUAGUAAUGUGUUGCACACUGGUGCAAAGUUGACACGAAAAGUCAGUUUUCAAAGCUGAUUCACGCUAACGCUUUAAGAGUUAACGAAUAUCAAAAAACGUGUGCUAUGUAGGGGUCAUCGGUGACAUCUGAGGUGUUAAAGGCUUUCCACUGAGUGGUCCAGAGUGGAUCAGUCCACUCUUAGUCGGUUAAGAAUGGUUUGAACAAUUCAAGUGUGCGUUUCCAUUGACUGUUGGACCAUCAAGGCGCUGUCUCCGGUCCCUGACCCUUACGAAUAAAGCGUGUCAUAUUGUAUGCAAAGAAGAAAAAUACAACUGAAAAGAGGACAAAACUUUCAGUUUGGAUCUUGAGUUGGGAAAAGCACUUGUUGUUGGCAUAAUACCUCUCCACCAAUCAAUGGAUUUCAUUGUAGCUCCGCCCUAACUGGUCUGUUCCAUUUUCCUAUGGAUCUACAACCAACGGGGAACCAAAAAUGGUACGAAUCGGCCCGGCUUAAUGGGUCCAUUUUGUAUUGGAAACACUCAAAGUACGGUACCGGUCCAGUCGGAAACGAAUCCUUGCAUAAAAUCUCGCCAAAUCAGGUAACAAAAAAAACAUGGAUAAACAUUUGGGCCUCACAUGACACAACCUGUUGGAUGGAGAUUCUUUUAUUUUGAAGGGAAAGUCACUUUUUUUUUUUUAUUCAAGUUUGUUAUGUGAGACUUGUAGGGCGUCCCAUAUGCCACGAAAUACUUCUACUUCAAUUUCGUUUUGGGUGACUUUACCUGAUGGAGCUGCUUCACCUCCACCUGCCAUAUUUACUUCAUUUACAUAAUACUAAGGUUCUUAUAAUUUAACUUCAUAUUUUGUUUAAUUGAAGAUUUUGGGCCAAACUGCUUUGAGUUUUUUGUGGGUUUACAAAUAUUUUAUUUUUACACUUUUGGAAGAUUUUUUUAAAUUUUUAAAAUAAUGUUCUUGUUUCAAGCCCCCCUCCCUCCUCCAUCCCUCUCAUUGCAUUGAAAACUGUUUCUGUUUUUAAUCAUCUCUUCACUAAAAAAGAAAAGGAAAAACGUGCACAAACAUGACCCCUCCCCCUUCAUCACGCACAUCCCCGCUUUCCCUUUUUGCCCACUUCUCCCACGGGAGGCAGAGCGCUCGAGGGCCGAGGGGCGUGAGGAGGAGGAGGCGGACGAGGAGGAGGGAUGGAGGGAGGAAGGAGGCGGCGUCAGACAAUACCAUUCCUCCCCAACGUCCCUCCUUCCCAUCCGUGAAGUGAGCCUUUAUUAGCGCGAGCCGCUCGGAUCUGAUCCCGCAUAUGGAUGGAGGAAGAGGAGGAGGAUUACCCGUGAAGCUGCCUUCAAGAUCCGACACCCCGCCUGCCCCCGCCCUCAGCAUCCUCAUCCACAGGCGGAUGGACGCACUUUCUCCACUGUCUCCCCAUCUUUUGUGUCUCUGACUGAUCCUUCGCCUCCUCCUGCUGCUUAUCUCCAUCAUCUUCAUCAUUUUUACGGCUGAGCCGACCAGGGUUCAACAGUACAGGAGAGGAGAUCUGGUUGAUCUGAUAUUUGGCACACUUUAACCCCCCCAUGCUGAGAUGUUGCAAGCGAUAAAGUGAAGGAGCAACAAUUUAUUUUAUUUUUUUCAUGCCUUUUUGGCUUUUGGAGUUGAGGCUUUUCUCAAGAGCACUUACUGGGAGGAAAAGCUGCAACUUUUAUCCAGGUUGUGGAAAAAGUGCCAAUUCUAAAGCCUAAAAAUGAUGCUGAGUCCGGAUCAGUCCGAGACGGACCUCUCCUGGACUCAGUCCGACCCGGAGGCGAUCCUGAACGGCCUGAAGGCGGCCGGCUGCGCCUCGGACGAGCCCGCGGAGGGCGAGGACAGGGCCAAGUGCAAAGCCGACCAGCCGCUGAGCCGCGAGGAGAAGCGGCGGCGGCGGCGCGCCACGGCCAAGUAUCGCUCCGCGCACGCCACCAGGGAGCGCAUCCGCGUGGAGGCGUUCAACGUGGCCUUCGCGGAGCUGCGGAAGCUGCUGCCCACCCUGCCCCCGGACAAGAAGCUCUCCAAGAUCGAGAUCCUCAGACUGGCCAUUUGCUACAUCUCUUAUCUCAAUCACGUGCUGGACGUCUAGCGCGCGCGCGCCUCUUGUUGAGUGAUUUUUGCGCAGACAUUCUCUCCUUUUUUAAGUUCCUGCUUCACGGAUAAAUCAUUCUACAAUCUAAAAUAACCCCCUAAAACUGUGUGUGUUUUUUUAAAUAUUACUACCACAAAAAAGUUUUUAAAAAAUUGAGCCCAAAAUGAAAGAAAAACACCUGUGACGCAUUUUCACUUGAUUUGGGCACAAAAACGUCAAUUCUCGCGUGAAUAGCCCCCCAAUGGAGUGAACCGGAAAACUUCCCGAAUAAAAAAAAAAUGUCACCACGAUGCAAAAAUAAAAUUCAAAACCAGUCAUUUUUUAUUUUAAUUCUUUUGUAGAUUAACUCAAAUGUUCAGGAGCGUGUUUUUAUUUAUUUAUUUAUUUAUUUUUACUAAAAAUAAAUAGCUGCUUUAGAUAUAGUUUAGAUUUUUUUUCUGGUGAAGGAAAAAAAAUGCUGGAGGAAAUAAUGAAAAAAAAAAAAGAUUUACUGCUGUAAGUGCCACUUAUGACAUGAAAAUUGUGACCUUAAUUAUUAUUAUUAUUAUUAUUGUAAUAAAUUAUUUAUUUAAUUGUGUUAAAUAUUUAUCGCUAAUUUCCUUUUUUUGUUUUUAUUUGGAAAAAAAAGAUAAUUUUUGUAUAAAUGUAUAUGGAUUGUUGCUUCUAUAUUUUAGGCUGUGAAACUGAAUUUGGAAAGUGGUGGUGUUUUAUUUUAUUUAUUUAUUUAUUUUUAUUUCAUAAAAAAAGGAAAGAAAAAAGCACUUUCUGUUAGAUCCAUAUUUAUUUGAUGUUUGCUUGUUCUUAUUUUUCUAAUGUUUACUGUCGACUGAUGGCAACAAAAGCACUUCAAGGUUGGGGUCAAGUGGCCCCAGAAAUGUUUGCUUCCCUGAAAGGUUUUCAGUUGAAAAAGAAAAAUUAGAAAACUCUAUUGGCAAUUUAAUUAUUUAUACAUUUAUUUGUUUUUUUAUGUUUUUUGCUAUGACCAAAAAAAAGGCAGAAUUCUUUUUUGUUGUGUCUUUUAUUUUGGAAAAUGCUUUUAUUUUGUGUUUGUAUCCUGAAAGUCCAAUAAUUUUCUAGUGAAAAAAAAGAAAGCAUAUCCUCUAUCCAAAGAUUUUGUCGUCUCUUCAGGGUCGUGUAGGCUAAACUUGUUGCUUUAUGCAGAUCUUUGUAGUAGAGUGUCUGUGUGACCGCUGGUUUCUAAUGGACAGAACUUUUUUCAUAUUUUUUCUGUGUUAUUUUUAAUUAAAAAGCAAAUACUUUAAAAACGACUCCUCGCGCCGUUUGGGCUGGCACCGUUUGCCGGGAAUCCAUUGGUUUUUAUGAAAAAAAAAAGUUACCUGGAGCACACAAAGCGAUGGAUGAAGCGGCCGCAGCGUGCAGGUCUGUCUGUGGUCAGCAGCUAAGAGGAGGCUGGAUGCUCGCUCCUGGCUGAAAGGCUCUCCGCCUCCCCAGAGAGGGGGCAGGUGUUACUCCAGACGAGCCAAGACAGAGCCAAGACAACCAAAUUACUGGCCGUCUGGCACCUCCCGUGGGAAACCCGGCAAGGAAGAAGGGAUGGGAGAGUUAUGAGCGGGCAGGAUGUAAUAUUGCCAAACGGUAUGACCAGUGAGGAUCCAAAUAUUUAUAUUCAUUUGUGUUAUGUACGCCUCUUAACUAUCGACCGUUCCAUAAAUGGUCUGUAGUUGAGUUACUGAAACAGGAGGUGUGCAAACGCCUCUCCUCCAGACCACAUCGGAUCACCGGAGUGAGCCUUUCUUGUGUUGUGAAGCACUUCUGCCCCCAGCGGGAGUUGAACCCUUAACCCUGGAAAUGCCACUGUUAAGCUGCGCCAAUCGAGCAACAGAAUGCAUCAAAUAUGCAUGAUCAAAACAUAAAAAAAGGCUGAUCCUCCAGGCCGUCUGUCCCCCUGGAAGCCAGAAAGGUUUUGCUUCCAGAUCAGGAAAGGUUUCUCUCAGGACCCUUUGGGGUGACGAUCCUACAGGAAAAAAAAAAAAGAUUAAUGACAUUUAUUAGUAUUUAAUAACCUCACCUCACGUGACCUCCCCAACACUUCCUGUAACCUAAAUCAAAUCCAGCUCAUGGCCUUUAAACCACAUCUGACCUUUUUAGGUAAAACCUGACCAGCCCUUUGACAGCACACUUAACACUGACUUAAACGUCCUUUUAGCCUUUUUCUUUUAACUGCUAUGCUAAAAAAAAAAAAAAA